CCGCCUUCCUCCCCUCUCAGAGGUUACCGAUUCGGCGGUUUUGGUUUUUUCGUAUCUUUUUUUCUUUGUUUCUAAUCUGGUUGCGAAGGGAUGAUCAACUUCGGCAGCACCUAGAGUUAUAAUAUGGUGGCUGGGACGGUCUCUGCCAUGGCUUCGGAACUUUGUAAAACUAUCUCUGAGGCAAAGCUCGAAAGGCACAAGAAUUUAUUCUUAAAUUACCGAAAUCUGCAUCACUUUCCUCUAGAAUUGCUGAAGGAUGAAGGUCUGCAGUACUUGGAGCGACUCUAUAUGAAGAGAAAUUCGUUGACCACUUUGCCAGAAAACCUUGCCCAGAAGCUCCCAAAUCUCGUCGAACUGUAUCUCCAUUCAAACAAUAUUGUUGUUGUACCUGAAGCAAUAGGCUCUCUGGUUAAACUGCAGUUUCUGGACUUGAGUGACAACGCACUCGAAAUCGUGUGCCCCGAGAUUGGCCGCCUGAGGUCCUUACGUCAUCUUCGAUUAGCUAAUAAUCAGCUGAAAUACCUGCCGGCAGAGGUUGGAGACCUCAGAGAGCUGCAAACACUGGACAUUUCAACGAAUCACUUGAUAACUUUGCCUGAGAGGCUGCAUCUGUGCCUCUCUCUUCAGUACCUGACGGCCGACCGGAACCAUCUGUGGUGUGUCCCCCGUCACCUCUGCCAGCUCCCCAGUCUCAAUGAGCUCUCCAUGGCUGGAAACCGUCUGGCAUUCUUGCCACUGGAUUUGGGUCGUUCCCGAGAACUGCAGUAUGUUUAUGUGGAUAACAAUAUUUACUUGAAAGGGCUCCCUUCUUACCUUUAUAAUAAAGUCAUCGGCUGUAAUGGCUGUGGUUCUCCUGUUCAGAAGUCAGAGGCGAAGCUUCUCUCCUUUUCUUCGGGACAGCUGACCGUUUUUCUCCCAGCAGAAGUGAAGUCGAUAGGAACCCAUUUGGACCCUGUCCUGCCCCUGCAAGAGCUGGCCAUGAGGACGCUGCAUAACACCUUCUGCGGGUUUUUCAAAGAUUUCCAGUUCCUGACUCCGAUCUCAUUACCCAGAAGCCUCUCGGAAUUGUUGCACUGCCCCCUGGGACACUGCCACCGCUGCAGCCAACCCAUGUUUACAAUUGUCUACCCAAAGCUCUUUCCCCUGAGAGAAACACCAAUGGCUGGAUUGCAUCAAGGGAGGACGGCUGUGAGUUUUGUGGCGUACUGCUGUUCCACCCAGUGUCUGCAGACUUUUGACCUACUGAGCUGAUAAAAACCUGCUUAGGAGCCUUGCCAGCUUCAGCCUGACUUCAGCUGUGUUUCCUGAUGGUACUAGAAUACUCUGUGUGUGUGUGUGUGUGUGCGCGUGCGUGCGCGUGUGCCAAAGCAGCAAGAAGAGGAGUACCCAGCCAGGAACACCAAGAGCCACUUAAAUCUGCGCCCCUAUCAAAUUUGGAUGCAAGGCAGAAACUCUUUUGGAAGUAUUUUAAUGUUCCAGCAUUCGAAAACGUUAACACCUUCCUGUCCCUCUUUGAGGCAGCGUCUAAACAAGCAAUCAGACAAACAAAUGGCCCGUGUGGAAUACUCUAGGAUUCUGCUUAUAUUCAUACAAGACUUGUAUUCAAACUAGGGUCAGACAUUUCAAUGUGAGAAACUGAUUUAACAAUAUAUUUGUAAUACUUGUAAGUUCCUUUGUGUGUGUGUGAUUUUCCCUCUUGGCUAUGUACUGCUACCCACAAGAGAGCAGCCAUUUAAAGUAACGAGUUUAUUUUUGCUGGCAAGACUGUUGCCUUUCCCCCCCCUAAAUAUUAGGAUCUAAUAUUUUCUCUUCUCUCCCCCCCUUGCCCCUCCCCAAACCCUGACCUUUUGACAGUGGGUGAAAAAUGUAAAUCUUUUUCUGGAAAAUUAGAAAUUCACCGCGCAUGUGAAAGUUAUCAUAUUCAUGGGGCCCAGGCAGGUACCGAUAUUAAAUGAAUGUUUCACUUGUAGGUGAUCCUAACUUUUCGUCCUGUGGAGGUAAAAAGGAUCUUAAAAACAGCAAAAGGUUGGCUGGGAAGGCUGUGUACUUAAUUGGACUUGCUGUGCACUUAUGAAGGAGUUACGAGUCAUAUGGAAGUGAGUAGUGCUUUAAGACAUAAAAUGGUACAGUCUACAAUUGCUGCCGUUUCAAAAUUUGAGUUGAUUCCCAACCAGCUUCAGUCAAACAUCCUGACCUCAGAGGAGGCCACAAAAGGGAGGCCAAAACAAACUCAUUUUUUCCUGAUAUUACCUUUUUAGAGGGCUGUGAGGCUGUUUUUAAAGAUGCUUGGGAUCGAAAAGUACCUUGAAAAUAUUCUUCCUGCCCUCUGAGGAUUUUCUCUUGGAAACUUUUCAUCGCACUUAACAGCACAAAAGCCAGAGAGAAGCCCCAGAAGGAGGAGGGGAUUUGCCAUUUUAAGUUUGAAAAUAAGAAAAAAGCAAAACAGAGUCCUGCUUAGAUGGUUUACAGAUACAUGUUAAUGCAUUGCUGUCAUUGUAGUUAAGAACCACAAAUUUGUUGUGGUUUUUGACACACAAGGCUUUUUUUUUUAGUAGUUAAUGUGCUGAAAGAUCAGAAUAAUCUUAAAACUGCAUAUUUAAGGCGGUUGGGAACAUGCGUACUGGGGAGGCAGACACCUUCUAUGUUAGCGGCAAGGGCAGACAUGUUAGCGUUGCCUCGAAGGGAGGCAUUUUUAGUGUGGUGCUGGGUGCCAAAAAUCUUUCUUCCCUAAUGGGAUUUCUUCAUAGGUGAUUUCUUUAAGGGAAGAAAGGAAGCUCCUUGAGCUCAAGCAAGACCUGGUUUGAUUUUACUAUACAGACCAAUACGGAACUGUAUCGUCUAGAACCCUAGCAGACAAUAAGUGGGAGCACCGUGCUUUUAAUUCUCUCAUUACAUUGAAGCCACGUCAAAGAACAGGGCUUAGUUGUGACUCUCUUGUACAGAAGAGGGUUUUUGUAAAGAGGAGCCAAGCUGCCUCUUGAAUUCUUGCCGCUAGCAUCCCUAGAGCACUGGCUUAGCCUUUUCCUUUCUCUCCUGCUCUCCCAGGAAGUGGGGAGCACCCCUCAAUGAAUCAGGGGGGAAGAAGAUAUUCCCCCCACCCCCUGCAGAUUGACUGCCGGCAGUGCUGUUCCCAGAAGAAGAUAAAAUAAUACCAGUGAAGCCCUACUGGCAGAGAGAUAGGGGUGGUGCCUUCCCUGCAGGCAAGGAACCAUUUUUUUUGGCUUGGAUUCCUCGGAUGAGCAAGGAAAUGUGAGUGGUGAGCGGCCACUUGGGUCUUUCCUGCCUGUUGGGGUGGUGGUUGUAGGGGAAGGGGGUAAGACCUCUGGGUUUCUGAGUAACAGCUAUGAUGCACCCCUCAGCUCUUAUGAUUUUGUAGGGCUUUGCUGUUUUGGGAAAGACACUACAACCUCAGAUUUGAAGCUUGUCUUUUGAACCACAAGUUUUUUGAAAUGCCUCCACGCUGGAAUAAACGGAAGCAUCCUACCUCUGUCUGUGUGUGAGGGGGUGUCUCCUACUUUAU